CUUGGCUUCUGGUUGACGGAAAGAGAAUUCUGUUUGUGCGCGGCAGACCCAUUUGCGUUCUAUGGAAGAAGAUCAAGAUUCCGAUUACGUCGGCUGUCGUCCUGUUCUUUUAUCGGAUGAGGAACACAAAAGCUAUAACGGGUUUUUUGAUCAUUCACUCGCCGGAACCGGAUCCAGCGAUGGUGAUGAAGUCCUUAGUCGUUUCCAUUCAUCGGAUGAGCAAAGGGAAAACGAAAGGAAUCAUUAUUCAGCCAGGUCUGACUAUAGUGAUGAACGACACUGGCCGGAAGGUGUUCAGAGCUCUCCCAAAAGACAGAAAACUCCGGAGGUAGAUCGCAUCAGCAACUUGCCUGACUCCAUCAUCCACCAUAUCCUCUCAUUUUUACUGGCUGAAGACGCCGUCAAGACCGGUGUUUUGUCUAAGAGAUGGAAGUAUUUAUGGACUUGUGCCCCAAAACUUACCUUCCGACACAAUCCUCAUCAUCUUGGAUUUUCUCGUCAGAGAUUCUUCAGACGUUUUGUAGAGGAGCUUUCUUUGAAAUUCUGCAGAAGUAAUGACUAUUGCUACCAUGAUUAUCAAUAUCGCAUCCCGCAAUUUGUCUUCAACAGUUCUUCACUGACAAAAUUAAGUACGAGUAAAUGUUAUUAUGCACCCAAUGGACAAAUAUGUUGGACAUCGCUUAAGGUUUUGACUAUAGAACAUGCUGAUUUGUCCAAUGAUGUGCUUCAAAAGAUUUUAGCUGGUAGUCCUAUGCUUAAAUACUUGAAAUUGCAUGACUGCUGGGUUAUAACUGGUAUUUAUAUCAGUUCAAGUUCUGUGCUUGAAUACUUGGAAGUGCGUAGAUGCGAGCAUAUAACUCGUAUUGGUGCUAGCUCAAAUAGUAGCUUAGCAAAAUUGGUGUUGAAAGAAAUGCGGAAUGAUGAGGAUGAGGAAGACAAUAAUGUGAUAGAAAUUUCCUGUCCUAAUCUGAAAUCAGUGGAAAUUUCGGGGUGCUGGUUCCAAAAGAUAUGCAGGUUGUUGGAUGUAUCCUCCUUAAUCAAUGCCUGCCUUACAUUCGAACUUGAGGUUUCUCAGUUUGAUUACAUUGACAUCCCAAAGGAGCUGCUUGAGAAAAUCAAGCACGUCAAGAAAAUUACUCUUGGCUCUUAUUGCGUUCAAAGUUCAGGGGAUUGCCCUCUCCAUUGUCUGGCAGCAGUUGUGAAUGCUUAACUCUGAAUACAAAUCUUAACGAAUGGUAUCCCUUUGGGUUGGCACACUUGCUUCACUGCUUUGCAACUUUACAGAAACUAGUCAUAGACAUGACAAUUAUUUCUGAGGUUGAGAGAUCACCUGACGAGGUUUUUCCAGAAAACUAUCUGGAAAGCGUGAAAAGAGUGAAAAGAACUUUCAGUUGCUUGCUUGAACAUCUAGAGACCAUUGAGAUUACUGGCUUUAGAUCCUAUCAGAAUGAACCAGAUGAUCUUCCAUUGGUAAGUUUUCUGCUUGGGAAUGCGAGUGUGCUAAAACAGAUGGUCAUACACUUUGGAUGCAAAGUUUCAGAGUUUAAUUUAGCUGGAAAGGCUAAACAUUCUGAUCUGAUUCAAAAAUUGCAAAGCUUCCCAAGAUGCUCCCCCCAUGC